GUAAUAGUAUCACAGUCCUCAGCACACAAUAAAAGUCAACUUUCCCUGCAAGCAAACUUAGUGACUACAACUCUUAGUUUCUACUAGUAUCUGUGUGAGAAAUGCCGUCCAACCGAUACGAGCAAUGCCCCUCAGGUCGAUCCGAGGGUGUGCCUGAGGCAUAUUAUGCGACAGGAGGACAGCCUUCAGGCGUCUUUUCCUCUCCGGGAUCGUUCUUUUCACUAUCGCCACCGAGACGAGACCGAUGCCCUGUUGAGGUGCAAGAACGGUAUGUCCAAAAUAUCGUGGAUGAGGUGGCAAGUUACGCAAGAGCAAUGAUCAGGAUUUUUUUCAUAGAUCGGCUAGACAAGAGCAGUGAUCGGCUAGACAAGAGCAAGUGAAAUAAGUUUUUUGACUAUCUUCUAAGGUUCACCAGAUUGAUUCUUUUGUUUUUUGUUUCCUAGAUAGCUGAUAGGGGCUUUCUUCUAGCUAACUAUUUUUCUCUUACAAGAACAAGUAUGAGAUUCGGUUUCCUCUAGGGAGUAUCAGUUUAACCUCAUCAACAUCUACGUCCGUGACAAGAGCAUCAUAGAAUAUCAACAUAAGCACCCUGUCACCACUCUAAGAACCGAUCGAAAUUUCUCCGAGUGAUGAUGGCUCACCUCAUAUGCGCUCACCAGAGGACUGGCAGUCGAGCUCCUUCGACGAUGCAGAUGAUGAGAAGUCUGAUGACUACACGGAUACAAGUCCGUUUCUGAGUCCCACUACGAGGAGUGAAGAGCUACCGCCAGGUACUGAUUAAUCCUACUACCUAUUAAGUAGGAGUUACAUUCACGACUCCCUAAGAAGUAUGUAAAUGAGUUAAGUACAUUCACAACUUGUUUCUACAUUUUAAAAUGCAACAUUAAUGUUAAUCAUGAUUAUACGCUUUCAACAGAGGUUGUAAGUAAAUGAACCUCCUCCUCCUAACCUACCCCAGCGCCUCUAGGUCCUCCCUGUGACAUUAUUUCGGUUGAUCUAUCGGACACAAUGCCUUUUUAGCAUAAACAUGCAUUUCCAAAACAUUCUUCGGGAACACAGACUACGCCUUGUCCGUCACGUCUGGCUCCUCGAGAGCGGAAGCGGAGACGAAGUAUCCUAGUCGAAGGAGUGCUCUUCUGCUGCUGGUGUUGUUUUUGGUGGUUGGAAGCCUCCUGGGCUACAUGUUUGGAAUUUCGGUCACACCGGCGCCACUAUCUUCAUCUGGUACAACUAGUACACGACCAGGAGGACCAACAACAAAACUAUCAUCAUCAACAAAACUAUCCUCAACAAAACUAUCAUCAACAAAACUAUCAUCAUCAUCGUCAUCAUCAGGUGCAGGUGGUGGGCCACUAAAAUAUACUACAGAAACGAGCAGCUUCCUAGCAGGCGGAAGCAUAAACAAAGUCGACGUGACGUUCUCUCCGGCUCUCGCUCCUCCCUUCCUCUCGACCGCAUGGUUUGUGUCGAAAUUUGGUGGGGAACAGGAUCUAGACUUAAGGCUCAGCUUUCAAUGGUCACCAUUGAGAUUGGAGUCACUGAGAUCGAAGAAGCAACUUCCCCUUGAGAGGAGAACAGGGGAAAAGGAAGGAAAAGGGGAGAGCUUUGGAGGGGGUCUCUUCCGUUCAGCAUCAGUGACCAUUGAGUGCUGAGCUUUAAUAGACCAUUCUCUUGGACGAGACCACCACCUAGGAGGGUUCAAACAUCACGGACGAGGCAACAAGAGGAAAAACUGGAAUUCCAUUCAGGAUCAUGAACAACAUGUUGGAGGACAUAAUUUGAACAGGACUUCCGGAUCCUCAGAACACGCAACAUCCAUCGCAAUCGCGAGAAAGAUUGAGACUUCCCCGACAAGCCGUGGCUAUUAUGCCAAGACGAAGCAAGAACUGCACAAUGGACUACAUGGCGUAGGAGUAGUAGUAAGACACCAACAACAUGAAGAUCUACAACAACCACACCACGGCAAUCAUCACUAUCAUGAUGAUGAUGUUGAUGUUGAGCCUCAAUCGCAACAACUACACCAUGGUAAAAAGAGUCGUGGCAAAAAUGACGCUCCUAGUAUUGAAGCUGCUCCAUCCUUUCUCCUCAACAUGUGGCCUCCUAGUACAACAAUCUUCGGUCAGCACAAGAAUCACAACUCUUCUUCUGCAAUUUUUGGCGAACACCUACCUACGUCUUGGAGUGAAGCUUUGAGUAGUUUCCUAGGUCUGUCCAGUACAGCGGAUGCGGAAGAAAAUGUCCCCGGCUGUGACGCAAGCAUGUGCAAAGCUUCUCAACAUAAGGACAAGUGCAUUCCCGAAGAGAAGCAAGCUGACAUAGUAAAAGGAGCAAAAAAAUGCGAACUCUAUCGCCUGGGAGACGGAUCAUUCAAUCGAUAUAUGGCUUUUGGAGAUAGUAGAUGAGGAAUUUUUCGUCUAUAAAAAGGAGUACGUGAAUUAUAAUAGUAGGAAGGUGGCGGAUCAUCGCGGUGUUAAUGAACUACAAUUGAGAUGAUGGAGUGUCACUUAUAAUAUUUCUAGUACCGUCUUUCCAUCUCUUCACUUAUAAUAUGUAGCACCCAGCAUCCUCAGAGGCGAGUAGGCGCCGGUGGGUCUCGUUGUGCAGGAUCCAUAACCUAACCUAACCUCAGCUUCGUCAGCAAUAAUGACCUAUCCUCUUAUACAGAUACUAUCUCCCCACGUAGUCUUCAAUUAUAAUCUAUCACGCUAUAAUCUUCUUUGUAAUAACUACUUCUACGGCCACCUACAACAAUAUCGUGUAGCUUACACGUUGUAGAUGAGGUCCCAAAUACUCUGCCGCCCCAACAAUAUCGUGUAGCUUACACGUUGUAGAUGAGGUCCCAAAUACUCUGCCGCCCCAACGAUGACGCCCCAAUAGCACGUACCACGUGCGAGGCGAUCGGGUCGCGCGCGAACGAAUAAUAACAAUAAAACAACAAUAUCGUCCCAUCCCUCCUAUCCCUUCCUCGCUUCAUUGUUUUCCCAAAGAUUGAGGAGUAUUGCGCGAAGGCGAUGGAUCCUGUUUUGUGCGGUGUGGAUACCAAUCGCCGAUUAAAAUGUGGUGGCAAUCCAAGUGGGGCUGUGUGGUUUAUUAUGGGAAUUGAUGCUUACCGAAGUAUGAACCAUUUUACAUACGGUUAGCAGUUUACUCUCAUUCUGCUUCCUGAAAUUUGUAGUUCGACGAUUCUUGGGUAGUUGUAGAGGGACCACCGGAUAGAACAACGACUACCACAGAACAACGUGCUAUAAUUAUACUUACCUUAUUACCACGAGUAUUAAGGGUAGGCUAAAGGUGCUUUUGUUACCGUUUGUUACGGCUCUUCUAAGGGGGACAGCCAUAACAAGCGGGAUAAACGAACACCAAAAACCUACCUGUAAUAGUAAGUAUGGCGCAACCUUGUUACCACUGGUAAAGUAGUAAGUAUGACACAACCUUAUGAGAGUCCGUCUGUUCUAAUCUUCAGCCAGAGCACUGUCACGAUGCACGCACAAGUCGCAACAAGCACCUUUUGGUCACGGACAUCUGCAUUCCACGUUCGUUUUCGCCUGAAUGCACGGAGACGAGAAAGGACAAGGUGGCAGACAAGUGGCACUUUCUGCAGUUGAAAGAUUACUUUAUGCUGAUGGGUAGUGGUAGCUUUUGAUUAGACUUUCCUGGUAGUAGGAAAGUCUAAAGUGCAGCUCUUUGUUGUACUGUGUCCUCGACGAUGUGAUGAGGCUGUCAUAUUAUAUUGAUCCGAGUACAUUGUGUGAUGAGGCCUUCAUUUUCAUAUUUUGUUGACCCAUUAUAGGUUACACCUCGACGUGUAAAAAUCAUCAUCUCCUCUCUACUUCCGCUUUCAUAGCCAGCAGUUCGCUCAUCGCUAUCUCCGGCGACUGGUGGGGAUAUGAGAAAUUUCAGUGCCCGCAUACGCCAAACAAUGAGGUGGUCGCUGUGAAGGUUGAGAGAGAGGAGACCGCAUCCAUCCGCGAACAAGCGCAGGCGUUGAAUCCCGAACCACCAAACGUGGAGGAACAGCCAGAGCCACAACCGACACCAGAGGAAACGCCUAAGGAAAGCUGUUGUUGCUGAAGAAGCAGUUGGUCUUUUUUAGUAAAAAGAGAUAGUUGUUGUGCUGCAGUGAGGAAAAAAGAUUAUACUGGUAGCCUACUGAGGAGAAGAGACUACAAGUAGUUUAGAGGUGGAAGAGAGACUGCAACAAGUAGUCUAGUAGAGGGGAAGAGAGGACGAUCAUAGACUUGGAUGAGGAGAAACUAGAAAGUCUAGUUUUGAGGAAAAGCAUAAGAAAGAGAAUCAAUUUUCAGCAUAGGAGGAAGUCUUGAACAAAGUAAAACGAUCAUAAGUUGAACAGCCUAUGGAAUACCAUAACUCAUUAUUUGGAGACCAUCAUAAGAACACCAUCUAGCACACCAGAACCUAAUUCUCAUAUUGACGUUUUGUCCUAACCAGUGGCUUACCCAGAAUUCAUAGAUGCCAUGCAUGAAAAUUCAUUCCACACAAGUACACACAUUCUACAUAGUUUCGAAGAACAUCGCAAGAACAUACUUCAUUCGCAACAUAUUACGUAGGCAGGCCCAUCAAUGAUUGAAAAACAAAAAUUUACAUCGUAAGAUAUUUCUCGACUGUAUUCAAGAAGACUCGUAUCCACAUAACGCUCACAGUACAUACAACCUCUGCCAUAGAUAUACAACCUGUUACGUAACAAAAGCCAUCCACAUAAGACUUACCUCAUUCUCCCCGAUUACCAAACGCAAGAACAUGUCAUUCCGAUUGACCACUACAAGAUACAGAAUUCCGACAAUGCAGCCCGUGAU